AUGAUUCGACGACGAGGGCAAGAGCCAAAGGAAGAAGAUUCUUCUUCUGAUGAAGAAGAUGCAUUUGCAGCUCUGUCAAAGAAACGCGGCGCAAAACGAUCGAAGCCUUCCAUCGAAUCAUCAUCGAACCAUCACAACCACGAUCCUGCUCCAAAGAUUUCGAGUAUUGAAAAGCCGAAAGAAAGUGUUAAAUCGGUUGCUACUUCUACCAAUGCAAUGGUACUUCCAGGGUCAGUGACGUCUUCCAUGAAGAGGCAUCACAAACCAAACGAUAUGCGCAAGGCCAAGAUGGAUGCACUCUUGGAGGAGCUCGCAGCCGAACAGAUUCAUCGACCCAUUGAGAAAAAAUCACGAUCGCAACGAUUUGUUCCAGAAAAGAAGGGUAGCUAUGUAGACCCUGCAGAGGAGCACUUGACAACCAAUAUCUUUGUUGGAAAUCUGGAUCCGUCGUUAACAGAACAUGAAGUGAGAAGUCUAUUUUCGAAAUUUGGUGAAGUAUAUUCCAUGAAGAUCAUGUGGCCGAGGACCUUGGCGGAAAGGAGUCGAAAUCGACUGACAGGAUUCGUGUGCUUCAUGAAUCGGGCGGAUGCGGAAGCGGCAAUGGAGGAGUGCAAUGAGGCUGACCCCUUCAAUGUAGGACGCCUCAUUAUGUUGCGAUGGGGAAAGAGCGUCAAAAUAUCCGACCACUCGGGCAGUUUUUCAGAACAUAUACGAGUGGAACUCCCUGUUGGUUUGGAAAGAUUUCAUUUCAUUAGUCGCGUUGCAAAGUUUGUGGCUGAUAAUGGAUCCAAAGCUGAAAGUCGAUUGAAGGACAAGGAAUUUGCAAACCCAGCCUUUCGAUUCCUAACGUUCAACGGUUCCAGGCCAGAGCAAAGGCGAGAGCAUCUAUUUUACCGAUGGAGGGUCUACUCCUUUGCUCAUGGUGACAGCUAUUCAGAAUGGAGAACGAAACCCUUUCAAAUGUUCGAGCCUCAUGGUCGGACGUGGAUUCCACCACCAAUUUCCAAGAAACCAGCGGAUGCCUCGAAGCAAAAAGAUCAAAAAGAUGACUCGAAUGACGGGGCCUUUAUGACUGGACGACAAAUCGAACGCGCUAGAGGAGGUGGAAGAAAGGGUGAUCGUGCUGGAGCGGUGGAAGGCCGAGCCGUAUUGAGCAAAAGUGAACUCGAACGUUUUGAUACUUUGAUUCGAAAGCAAUUGACUGUUUCAAGGAAUACAAUCUGCGAAGCAAUGGCAUUUUGUUUCGAGAAAAGUGCUUCGGCGCGGGAAAUCGCGGAGAUGCUGAGGGACUCUUUGGUUGAAGAAGCACCUAGGCUUUCAAUCGACGCCAAGACAGCUCGACUCUAUCUGCUAUCGGAUAUCUUGUUCAACUCCCAACAACCGGGAGUGAGAAAUGCUUUCAUGUAUCGUGAUGCCAUUGAAAAAAUGGCUGCAGAAGUGUUCACAAGUCUUGGACGCUACAAUAGUGGCGAUGGAAGAAUGACAAUGAACAAACUUCGAAUGGCAGUCAAAUCGGUGCUUGGUGCAUGGACCGAAUGGAGUGUCUACAAUCCUACCUUUAUGGAUGAACUAGAAGCAAGAUUCGAAGGGCAAGAAAUCAAGAAGGAAGUCGUGGAGAUUGUAGAGAAAGCUGAUGAACCAGAAGUUGAAGAUGAAACCAAACCAGAGCCUGUUGAAGUAAUUACCACUGCUCCACAAGGAGGUUGGACAAUGCUCAGUGAGGACGCAAAGAGCGAUGCGGCUAAGCGAAAGAAACGAAAAAAAGCCAAGGCCAAGAAGAGUGAUGAAAUAUUGAAUGCACUAGAUUCAGAUGACAAAGUGUCUCCUCAAACGAAUGGUGAAAAGACUCGUAGUGGUAAGUUUGGCAAUUCACCAGUCGAAAUGGAUGGGUCGCCAAUCGAUGCAAACGACAUCGAUGGAGAACCAAUGGACUACGAGAACGAUGAUGGUGAAAUAGCAGAAGAUGAAGGGAAAGAAGAUGACAAUCAAAGUGAAGCUACUGAGUAUGAUGAGCUCGAUGGAGCGCCAUUGACAGACUCUGACCUCGAUGGUGAACCUCUUGAAUAUUUCCCUGGCUUUGGAAAAGAUGACCAAGUCCCACUAGCUCCAGGUGACGGGGUCGAGACCAACAAGGAUGAUAUCGAUGGUGAGGCUAUCGACGGAGAGGCUUUGGAAGACGAAGACACGAAAGGUGACUCCACGGGCUGA